AUGAAGCUGAAUGUGUUAUUGUGGGUCGUGGCUCUCCUCGCUGCCUUCCUCCCUCGCUCUGCUCCCACCAGUCGCCUCCUCCUCCCCCGACCAGGUGGAUCCUUCUCCUCCUCCUCUGCUGCUCCUGAGCUCCUUUCCUCCUCAUCCUCUUCAUCCUCCUCUUCCUCAGCGCUGCUGCAGCUCACACAGCACCUCCUGCGGGCCCGGGCGGAGGAGCAGGAGGAGGAGGAGGAGAAGCGGUCGGAGGAGCCUCCCAUCUCUCUGGACCUGACCUUUCACCUCCUGCGGGAGGUGCUGCAGAUGGCCCGAGUGGAGCAGGAGGCGCAGCAGGCCGACUCCAACCGCAGGAUGAUGGACAGCUUCGGAAAAUAA